UCUUAAAAUUCGGCUAGCACACUGGGCUACCUAGGUUCAAAAAUAGGUUGCCCCAAGUAAAAUUUGGUUGCCCAACCCAAUUUUGCACGCUGAACGUCUUAAUCCUCUUCAUUUAUGCAUAUGUGCUAACAUGGACCAAUGAUAUUCAUACUGAAGACUGUCUGUUACCAUAGUGUUGAAGGCUGUGUGUGCCUGGCUUCUAUAGUGACAGAGAAUCCUGAUCUAUUGGACUGAUUUUGGGAGCGAUAAAGAACCCAGAGUUGUGGGAAUGAUUUUCUAGAGUUAAAGGUAUACAUGUAUGGUCACAAGCUCUAGAGAAGGAGGCCCAAUCAGCCCCUGACAGUGAGAGGUUGUGACAAACACAGACUAAAGUGGACAUUAUAUAUGGUAGUGUCCUUGAGUGGACAUGCAAAUGCAAAACAGAAGGGCAAGGAGAGAAUGUAGCAGAGACAUUGAGAAUAAGACAGAUAAACACAGGUAGUUGGACAAACUAUGGAAACGAAGAAUGGAAAUGGACCAGCAUUCCUAGAAAGGAAGAAAUAAAUGAAAGGGCCCAGCAAACAUAUGAUGUUUGCUCUUGUUUGAAUAGUUUUGAACACAUCAUAUUGUGCAAAUGUAUAUAAAAGUAGUUGUAACAUUGUAAAGCUUACUGCUCCUAAUCAUUCCUUAGUCUUGUGGAUUAUUGCCAUUAAAAGCUGUGAUGGCCACCAAGAAUGCAGGCUACAUUCUGCUUAAAUCCUGGAGUCAGUCCGUUCCUCAGCUUUAAGGUGAAAAACAGGCAUUGUCAGAGGUUGAACAAGGGCAAAAAAAAUUAGAAAAUAUGCAGGCAAGAAGGACAACAAAAAAUUAAAUUUAAAAACAGCUUCUGGCUGUGGUAUGCUCCAAUUUGACAUACUGGUAUUGUAAAAGAUCUGAAGUUAAUGAUACACGUAUUUCAUUUGAUCACAAAAUUAUGUCCAUCCGUUCAGCCCAAACAAUCCUCUUACGGAAGAUUUCUGUGUGCAUAUUGAUUUUUGUACAUCAUCCUUUCGUUGGGCAGUGAUCUGGGGCCGACAAUGUCCAAGGUCCAAAAUAACACAUUAACGUAAAUCGUCUUAAAAUUUGUGAUCUAUCUCCAUCAAAAUUGUUGGAAAUGGCAGACUUGUAUUGUAUAGUGAAUCGGGGAAAAAUGAACGCAAGUACAUAACGUUAUCAUCAAAAUGUUUUUUUUGCAAAGCAAGAUUAACGAUUUCCACACCCCAUGUACGACGUAGAGAUUUUUUUAAUCCGCUUAAGCUAUUUUUGCGGGUUUGAAAAUAAAGCGACCAGAGCGGCGACAACAUGUUUUCAUCAGCGUUUUUUUAUGUUUCUCGGCACGAUGACUAGUGAACACAUCUGCCCUAACGGAGAGUAAUCGUGUUAAACAGGGCAGCAUGUGGCAACACAUCACGCUAAUUUCCGAAAUGGGCCCGAAAACCAUGACAUGAAAAGGGGUCUGUAUGAUUAUCUGCCCGUUUGAGUGUUCCUAUGGUAACGAUUGCCGCGGGCAGUGUACGCGCACACUGAUCUCACGAUCACGACCUCAUUAUUUUAGCAGCGGAAAGAAUUGUGCAGCCAUCCGGACAGGACGUCUACAUCUCUGUUGCACUGGCCUGGGAAGGAGGUGGGAGGUUGCGACUUGUACUGGUGCAGUUCUCCUCUUACGACUUCAGCUUUCAAGCUCCUCUAAAGAGGGAGGCCUUCCAAAGCCAGCAAAAUAAGCUUUUUCUCAAAAGACUUGCAGAAGCCUCCAUUGAGAGAAGACGUCCAUCCCAAGAUUAGAUAACUAAGAGUGAGAGUGACGCUUGAGACCGUACCCCUAGCCUCCCUAGGGUGCUUCGUCGGACAAGAAGACAGGGUGCUCCAACGCCACUACAGGCUAUAGUUACAGAAGUCGGGUACCGUAUUCGCUAGGCUGUCUCACAGGUACUGGUCUUCAAACUCAAAUGGAGGGAAAUUUCAGCGAUUUCAACGCGACUACCAUCGAGCUUGCGCACCCCAAUACCACAGGACAAUGUUUUGAAUGGUACGCGGAAAAUGACGUCGGGGUAAACUUCACUUUUGAAGCUAUCAAGAAGAUUUGUGGAAAGUCAGACUGGGGACCAUUUUCUUUCCCAGGAAGACAAGCUUUCACAAUUACCAUAAGUGUUAUCUCUAACCUGCUCAACGGCCUGACCAUUUUUGGAAUCGCCAAAGGACAGCAAUGCACACCUCUAUACGGCCUGAUUGGCAAUCUGGCCGUAAUAGAUAUAAUCACCAACGUAAUUGUCCACGUAAUGUUUGCGCUGAAAGAUUCCGUGACGUAUCGACAUUUUAUGCUACUGAUCGUGACGGUGUUGCACUUUCCCGUGAUCCUGUCUCUAACCGGACUGGUCCUCCUGUCGGUGGACCGCUACAUCGCCGUCCAACACGCCAUCUUCUACCACAACAGCGUCCGCUGCCGCCACGUCCUGGGGGCGAUGGCCGGAGGCUGGGUCUUCGCGGCUCUCCUUUGCUUCUCGCCGAUGAUGGGGUGGAACUGCAACGCGAUGGGCACCAGUGACCAACUCUGCUUCCUCGGGGCCGUGGAGAGCAGCUACAUCCUGUUCAUGACUGUCCUGUGCAUGGCCGGGGUGGGUGUGGUGGUCUUCACCAACGUGCGCGUCUUCGCGGUGCUGAGACGGCGGCUGGCGGUGGCAGCGCUCCAGGAGCAGCAGCAGCACGAGCAGGGGCGGGUUCACAUCCACCGGCAGCAGGUCGUCACCGCGCAGAGAAAGGCCAGAAGCGUUUUCCUCAUCAUCACCGUGUUCCUGAUUGCCUGGCUGCCUUUUCUGUCCUGGCAGUUAACAGUACUCGUCAGCAUUCACAACAGUUGGGACGGUUUGGUUGGCAUCAACAAGCUCUUUAGGUGUGUGUUUAUCCUUGUCAUAGGGUUGGUCCCCUUGGUGAAUCCGUUUGUGUACGCCUUCCGACUGCCGGCGCUGAGAAGAGUGGUCUGGGACAGUCUGAGAAACGGCCUGGUCUCCCUAUGGCGGCAUCUCGCUCCGCCGCAACAGGUACACCCAGCCUCAAUAGAAAUGUUUGUCACCAAUGCUACUUAAUUAAUGAGCUUCUAUGAUCGUGUACACUUAGACAUGUACAAGUAACGUUAAUGACUUAAGUUGACCAAACAAGUUGGCACCAACAUGCUCACAACUCCCUUUCCGAUAGAUGAGCUGACAAAGAAACAAGUUGACUCUUCUCGGUUAGCUUAGUAUCACACUUUUGUCUACUAUGUGUGUUUGAUUCGUGUAUUGUUGUCAA